AUGAUAGGAAAGAGAGUAAAGAACGCGCUUUCGAGUGAGAGAGAAGAACCGAAGAAAGCGUACGUGACUUGGCCUGCCGCAAAAUUGAUGCUGUUGGUAAACAUGGCCCUCGCACGUGUUCGGCAGGCCGUCGUCACUCAGCCAGGGAGAAUUUCAGGCCUCCAAAACAGUGAUCCCAGAUCUGAAACGAGAUGCGGUGUAUUAAAUGGCAUAACUCAGGAAUCCAGAAGUGGAAAUAAAUAUUCUGCAUUCUUUGGUAUACCCUAUGGAAAACCACCAAUUGGAAAACUCAGAUUCGCAAGUCCUGUAGCAGCAGAUAAUUGGAUAGGUAUUAGAGACGCAAAAUCUUUCGGGAAUAUAUGCAUUCAAGUCGACGAGAAAAAUAAGAUAAUAGGAGAUGAAGAUUGUUUAUUCUUAAAUGUUUACACUCCACUCUUUCAAUUUAAUUCAUCAUUGAUAAAUAGUACUUUGCUACCAGUUAUGAUAUGGAUCCAUGGAGGUGGUUUCAUUAUACGUAACGGUAAUAUAUAUGGAGCUAAAUAUAUUUUAGACGAAGACGUUAUUUUAGUUACCAUAAACUAUAGACUCGGGCUUUUUGGAUUCAUGAGCACUGGAGAUACUGUCGCCCCAGGAAAUUUUGGAUUGAAGGACCAGGUUCUGGCUUCCAAAUGGGUCCAAGAAAAUAUUCAACGAUUUGGAGGAGAUGCAAAUCAAGUGACUAUCUUUGUAGAAUUCCAAUUUUUUGUUUCUCAACUACAGCAGUUUGAAUCCCUUGGACCCCCUACGGACGAACCUGAUUUCGAAGAUGCAUUUUUAACUGAUAGUCCAGAAAAUUUGCUUCAAUGUCAUCAAAUGAAGGAUUUUCCUUAUAUGAGUGGAGUCGUAGUUGAUGAGGAUCUCGCAAUUACCAGCGUGAGAAUCUCGCAAGGUAUGUUAAAUGGCACAAUACGGGAAUCGAGAAGUGGAAGAAGAUAUUCGGCAUUCCUUGGAAUACCUUAUGGACAACCACCAACUGGAAAACUCAGAUUCGCAAAUCCUGUAGCAGCAGAUAGAUGGGAAGGAAUUCGAGCAGCGAAUACUUUUGGAAGAAAAUGCAUUCAACUCGAUGUUAAUAAUAAGAUUAGAGGAGCUGAAGAUUGUCUGUUCCUAAAUGUUUACACGCCACUUAUUAAAUUAUAUUCAUCCUCGAUGAAAAAUACUUUACUGUCUGUUAUGGUCUGGAUUCAUGGAGGCUCCUUCACUGGUGGUAGCAGUAAUAAGUAUGGUGCUCAAUACCUUUUAGACAAAGAUGUGAUUUUAGUCACCAUAAACUAUAGACUCGGGAUUUUUGGGUUCUUGAGCUCAGGGGAUUCUGUCGCUCCAGGAAAUUUUGGAAUGAAGGACCAGGUUCUGGCGUUGAAAUGGGUCCAUACAAAUAUCGAAGCAUUUGGAGGAGAUAAAAAUCGAGUGACACUUUUUGGGCAAAGUGCCGGGGGGGCAAGUGUUUCUUUACAUGCCAUUUCGAAAGCAAGCAACGGUAUUACUGAUGAUAAAGAUGCUAUCAUUUAAUUUUUUUUCCAAGUCAGCAGUUUGAAUCAGUAGAACUUAACAUGAAUGAUACUAAAAGCAUUGGACUAAGCCUACGAGCUAAAUUGAUUGUUUAUUCCAAAAAUAUAUCAUUCAAAGUGGUACAAAUUUAUCCCCUUGGACAUAUCAACCAAGGAGUAACAUGGUUGAAUACAUAAGAGCUCUAUCUGCAAUAGUUCGUUGUCCCUCGAUUA